AUCAUCGUCAUCAUCAGAUAGAUAUAUUCCGUCCGUGCUCAUCCACCCACCCCCACCUAUAUAUAAUUGCCUCAUCUCCUCUUCUUCCCUCUCUAUCUUUCUUUCUGAUUUCUCAUUAAUUUCGCAUCAAGCUAGCUUGUGAUCAGCAAUGGACGGCGAGAUGGAUUGGAUCGCGGCGCGCUUCGUCCUGUCGGCGAUAAUGGGGGUGCACCCGCUGGUGGCCGUCGACGACGCCGGGGCCGAUGACGAGCACUUCCCGGUGGACGACGCCGCAGCCGUCCACGGCCACGCGUCGCCGCCUCCUGUCGCGCUGCCGGCGGCGGUGCUGGCGCCGGAGGAGGUGGCCGGCGCGGUGGUGUGCGCGGUGUGCACGGAGGAGGUUGCGGCGCGGCAGGCCGUGGUGCGGCUGCCCUGCGCGCACUGGUACCACGCCGGUUGCAUCGGGCCGUGGCUGCGGAUCAGGACCAACUGCCCGACCUGCCGCGCCGAGCUGCCGCGGGAGCCCGCCGCCGCCGACUGGCGUGUCCCGCGGCGCCCGGCGGUGGCGGAGACAGCCGGCAGCCGCCUGCGGCGGGAGGCGUCGUAUACGAUGCUCGCAGGCACGUUGCCCAGCUAAUCAAUCAUCAUCGAUCAAUAGAUUAAUUUAUUAUACUAUGUACAUGUGUAAAUUAAUCGGCAUGUAUAUACAACGAAGGUGAAGUGAAAAUUGUACAGAGGCAAACUCACGUAAACCCAGCGCCCGCUGGAUAGAACGGAACGAUCUAUGAAAGAUAACAUUUUUAAUUAAUCUGCUAUUUGCUUGGUGAUUAACUUGCUCUUAGUUCCCAA